CCUACCGCCGGUAAGCCUAUAUGGGCUUUUGCGUGUUCGCUUUGAGCUUACUGGUAAUGUACAGUUAAUCUGAGGUCGUAAAUAAGAGAGAGGUUGAUACGCCUAGUUAGCUUCAAGAAAAGGACUUCAGUAGCCGUCUGGUAUCCACCGUUCUAUGAAUAGCGCCGUUUUGAUAGAAGUGACUCAUAUAGUUUUUGACGAGCGAUAUAUGCGAGUUAUCUACUACAUUUAUUGAAUUAUGGCUGGACGUACAACUAGAGUUCUUGAUGUCGAGGAUGUUUUAUGGCAGUUGGAGAACGAGAAAUUUAUUCCAGAAGAUGACUCUGACAAUGACAAUCUAGAAAAUUCGGAUUUUUCUGAAGAAGAAGACAUUUUAGAAAGUCAAAGCGAUGAAGUUUUGGAAGAUGAUGAACCGUCAACUUCAACUGCUCCACCUAGAAGACGAGGGGGUCGGUCUGCAUGGGCUGGGGCAAGAAAAAGGGCUCGGCGAUCGUCGACCACGAGAUCGGGUGGAAUUCGCCCGUCUUACAACUGGACAAAGUCCUUUACUGGGAGGACAAUCAGACCCUUCGAGGGACAAAGACGGGUACGCAAUCGUCAAUUGAACGAAACUCGAGUGCAAAGAUUCCAUUCAGUGGAGCGUCCCGGACCUGAUUAUUUUACUUCGGCCGCCGUAUUUUGCCGAGCACUGGGAUACGGAAACGACCGUAUCUUACUGCGAAGACGAGUCCAGCAAUCCGUUCGCGUGUGA